AUGAAUUAUUUUGUCGCUUCGAUUUGUUUGUUUUUUUGGUGUCUUGUUCAGAAUAACUUUGUUCUAAAUGAAAAAAUGAUCCCCAUAGGUCCCGCUAAUCGUUCUAAGUUAAAAAAAAUGGUAGAAGGAGAUGAAGAUUUUAAGAUAAAUAUACAUGCUCCAGUUGAAGAUACACAAGAAGUACUUGAAUCUUUAGACUCCCUUAUGAGGGUAGAGGAAAUUCAAAGAAAAACUGACGAAGAAGAAUUUAUGAACGACAAGCAGAGAUUACUAAAAAUUCACAAAAAAAGAAUUCAGGAUAUAGUUACUUCAGCGUUUGAACCGCUUCAAGCUUUUCUACCUAAUCCUUUGCAGUACCUAAUUAUUAAGGAUGUUCACUCAUAUCUAAAGAACCUAAAAGAAUGA